AUGAUGCUCAAGCUAACGGGAGCUAUAAAAUCUCGCUUUUUGGACGUCAUAAAAAUCAUGGAGAAAAACUCUAUUCUUGGCAGCUUUCUUUCUGUCGAUCAUGUGAACAAGCAAGGCAAAAAAUCCUCGAUCAGACGGAGAAUGUCCCUCAAAGGAAUAAAGAAGAUCUUCAAGAAAAAGACUGGACCUCCAAAAGUGGAAAUUCGACGAGCAUUUCGGCGCCGAUCGUCCAUGAGAUCCAUCGAGUUCUGGGAAGAAUCCAUCAUAGCUUAA